UCUUGAAUUUAUAGGGAGUGCAUAUCCGCAAUUGUAUCUGAAUCAAAAUCUAAGAAAAUUGAUGAUUAUUUUGGUAAUUGAAACGUUUUAGGUUUCAAUUGGACAUCACAUCAUAGAAGAUAUAUAGAUGAUAAACUUCAACGAGAAUAGAUUUUCAUGGUUUAAGCUAAUGAAAUUAAUCUCUACCGAUGGUUUCCCAAUCUAUACUGGAAAAUUGCUUAUUAUAUUUUCACGCCGCUAAAUUAGCACUUUUAUUUCAUUUUCGUUGUGUUCUUUUGCACGGAGAAAAUAAACGUGUCGGAGAAUUAAAAUUGAAGUGCAUACACGUAUACAUUAGAAGAAGAGAAUAAAUAUUCAGUACUAUGACAUAUGUCCACGUGAGAUAAAAAAGUAGUUGGUUAAAGUGUACAAUUUAUAUAACUUUUAGUACAAGCAUUCAUUGCUGUGUUAAUCCGGAGCUGUAUCUUAUAUGGCUAAUUGUUACUUUGAUUUAGAUCUCAUGUGUUGGCACAAAACGCUUUUGAUAGUUGCCUGAGAUCAUUGGAUUAUGAGGUUGCAGGGUAGGUUUUAAAAGAGUGGGUAAAGGUAAAGGUGGGCCGUGGGCAAUGGUGGAGAAGAGGAAUUGAUGUUGGUCAUGAUUGUAUGUCAUGAUUGUGUUGAAGGGAUCUGUUCCCAUAUCUUUUGGGGGUACAGAACAACCCGCUGCCUAUGCUGAGUUGGUCUCCAUUGGGGGCUUAAAUGCUGAUGUUAACAAGAAAUUCAGUGCUGCAAUUGCUGAAACACUUGAGACCAAAUUGUCUAUCCCCAAAUCUCAAUUUUUCCGGAAAUUCUAUGAUGCUAAGGCCAAUCAAAGUCAAGAAUAUGCACAAUGUCUGCAUGCUUUACACCAGUACUACAUCAUGUCCUGCAACAAAUUCACCUCUCAUCAGCAGAUUUACAGAAAGAUUGUACUACAUCAGUCAAUAACUCAAAAGGACUGCAUGGAUAGAGACAAUCUGGUCAGAAGGAGGACUGAAGUAUUUCAUAUUAGUCAAGGUAUCCGAAAUAUAGUUGCAGCUCAGGGUGCGGAAGGGAUCAUCUGGAAUGUGAAGCUAAAUGUACAGAGAGCAUACUUGGUUUGGAAUGGUGGAAAUCGUACUCAGUCAAUCAUCUUGACAUCAAGCAAAUGUGAUUCUCAAAUAAUUUCCAACUCUUACACCAGAAAUCACUCUAUUGCGCAUAUAAACAUAGCAUAUUUGCAAAUGGACAGGUGCUAGCAAUAUAUACAGUUGCUUCUGUCAAAAGCAAUUUCUAACCGUGUGUAACCCCUAUCUUUAGGUAAUGGUGCAAACAAAUUUUCUUCGACGAAAUUGAUCUUUGUUAUUUCAUUUCCAGAAGCUAAGUGUUAAUAUACAGUGAGUUUUAAGAAUGUUGAUAUGGAAGAAAAUCAUUUGCUGUCA